UAUUUUCUGUCAUAACCACAUAUUUAAUAAGUCUAAAACGUCAUAUCAGUCACUCAACAAUUUCUGAUAAAAAGGCCACCUUGAACUGUGAAAGGGCAGUUGUAUUAUAAGUUAUCGUAUCGAGAACACUUGUUGUAACGUUGAACUACUUCAAAAAUCAAAAUGGCUGAACCAAUUAAAGUUGUUGUAACUGGUGCUGCUGGGCAAAUCGCUUACUCAUUGUUAUUCAUGAUAGGCAAAGGAGAUGUUUUCGGAACUGAUCAACCCCUUAUCCUUCAUUUAUUGGAUAUUCCCCCAAUGAUGGGCGUCCUUGAAGCUGUUCAUAUGGAAUUACGCGAUAGCGCAUUACCCCUUUUAAGAGAUGUCAUCAUUACUGCUGACCCCAAUGUUGCUUUUAAAGAUGUUUCCGCCGCUUUUCUUGUAGGUGCUAUGCCCCGUAAACAAGGAAUGGAAAGGAAGGAUUUAUUAAGAUCGAACGUCUCAAUUUUUAAAACGCAAGGUCAAGCAAUCGAUCAAUACGCGAAAAAAGAUAUAAAAGUCCUCGUUGUUGGUAAUCCAGCAAAUACAAACGCUUUAAUUUGUGCCAAAUACGCUCCAUCGAUCCCAAAAGAAAAUUUUACGGCGAUGACGCGUUUAGAUCAAAAUAGAGCUCAAGCUCAAGUUGCUGCAAAAUUGGGUGUAGCCGUUAACGAAGUUUACAAUGUCGCCGUUUGGGGCAACCAUUCUUCCACGCAAUACCCUGAUAUUUCUUUUGCUAAAAUCAAACAAGAUGGAGAAGAGAAAGAUGUUCUUGGUUUAAUUCAAGACGACGAAUGGGUUCGUAAAGAAUUUUUGCCUACCGUCCAAAAUCGUGGUGCUGCAAUUAUUGCUGCUAGAAAAUUAUCUUCAGCGAUGUCUGCUGCUAAAGCUGCUGCUGAUCACAUGAAAGAUUGGUGGUCUGGUACUCCAGAAGGCAAAUUUGUAAAUAUGGGCGUUAUAAGUGAUGGGAGUUAUGGGGCUCCGAAUAAUGUGAUUUUUUCAUUCCCAUUAACAAUUAAAGAUAAAAAAUGGAGUAUUGUUCAAGGAUUGGUCUUUGAUGCAUUCGGAAAAGAUAAGUUUGACCUUACAUCUAAGGAAUUGGUAGAAGAAAGAGAUGAAGCUAUGUCAAUUAUAGAGGAUGCUGACGCAUGACUAGGCAACAAGCUUUGAAUUUUCAAAACUUUAAAAAAGAAUCUUUGUAGAGACCCUUUUGCUUAUUGAGCACAUUGAAAUUGUCUCGUCCUUUUUUAAAGAUUUGAUUAUUUAAAGGCCUUGGACGUUUUCUUUAUUUCUACACGCAUAUAUUAUGUAAUUCUUUUCCCCUUGCAUUUAUUUUUAACAGUUAUACACGCCCCUGAUUAUUUCAUUUAUUUUUAUUAAAAUAUUACUCAUAUUCAUUUAAUUCAGUUAAAAUUAUUCGUAUUUUUUUUUUGAUUGUUGAAGAUAGAGAUGGAAUUGUAUUUGCUCAAAGAGAUGUAUACAUUAAGAAAAAGUGAUUAUUCUCCCCAAAAUAUUUUUAUUAUGGAUAAAAACGUAAAAUAUCUAGUUUAGGCAAUAAAUGAUGAAAAGAU